ACCCUAAAAGUGGGUUUCCAGGGUUUGCGGAUGGGAGGAGGCCGGGCGUGGCGGGCGGAGAAGCUCAAGCAAAAUCGCGAGAGGAAGAAGGAUGCCAAGAAGAAUGCGAGGCCGCCGAAGAAAAAUUCCAGCAAGGCCUCCAGGUCCGUGCAAGAGAUUGCGGAGCUUGAUGCUAGAAUAGAGGCCGGAGCGCCGCGAUCGGGCUCCAAUCCUCUCGGGGAGAAGCUCGAUGAGAGUCCAGGGGCUGGAGGUUUCAAGCCCUACGCCGGCGCCACGUUGUUCCAGCAGCUGCCUCUCUCGCAGCUCACAUUGGAUGGUCUCAGGGACGCCAAGUAUGUGACUAUGACCGACAUCCAAAGGGCAGCUCUUCCACACGCACUGUGUGGGAGAGACAUUCUCGGGGCAGCCAAGACGGGGUCGGGAAAAACGCUAGCGUUUCUCAUUCCAGUGAUUGAGAAGCUCUACCGUCUACGAUGGACCUCCAUGGAUGGCGUUGGUGCGCUUAUCAUAUCUCCCACUCGCGAGCUCGCGAUGCAAAUCUUUGACGAGCUUCGCAAAGUUGGCAAAUUCCACGACCUUAGCGGGGGCCUGUUGAUAGGAGGAAGAAAGGACGUGAGCACUGAGAAGCAAAGUGUCAAUGGCCUCAACAUUCUCGUCUGCACGCCCGGGCGCCUGCUUCAACACAUGCACGAGACUGUGAAUUUCGAUUGCUCCCCGCUCAAGCUGCUGGUGUUGGAUGAAGCUGACCGCAUCUUGGAUAUGGGAUUUGCCGGGACUCUCAACCAGAUCAUUGCUCAGAUUCCAAAGGAGCGUCAAACUUUUUUGUUCUCGGCUACACAGACACGGUCAGUCCAGGAUCUUGCGAGGCUUAGCUUGCAGUCCCCCGAGUACUUGGCCGUGCAUGCCGAGUCUGCUGUAGCAACACCUGCGCGACUCCAACAAACUGUCAUGGUUGUUCCCUUGGAUCAAAAGAUCGAUACGCUUUGGAGUUUCAUCAAAUCUCACCUUCGAGCAAAAGUUCUUGUGUUUCUUUCCAGUUGCAAGCAGGUGAAGUUCGUAUAUGAGGCAUUCAAGCAUCUCCGGCCCGGAGUUCCUCUCACCUGCUUACAUGGACGCUUGAGGCAGGGUGGCAGAUUAGAUGCCUUUUACAAGUUUGUGGAAGCAGAGUACGCGGUUAUGUUUGCAACCGAUAUCGCUGCGAGAGGACUGGAUUUUCCGACAGUUGAUUGGGUUGUUCAGGCCGACUGUCCCGAAGACGUGGCGACGUAUAUCCAUCGUGUUGGUAGAACUGCCCGCUACAAAGCUUCAGGCCGCUCCCUACUUCUAUUGUCUCCGUCAGAAACAAAAAUGGUGGCCUUACUCGAGGAAGCGAAGAUCCCGAUUAAAGUUUUGAAGCCGAAUGAAAAGAAGAUCCAGUCCGUGUCACAACUGAUUUCGGGACUUCUUUCAAAGAAUGCUGAUCUCAAGCACAUGGCUCAACGUGCUUUCACGACAUAUCUACGAUCGGUUUAUUUACAAGGCAAUAAAGAGGUCUUUGACGUCCACAAGCUUCCCAUACCUGAAUAUGCGGCAUCAUUGGGCUUGCCAUCAGUCCCUCGAGUUCGGUUUCUUGGGAAAGGGCAGAGUAGCGCCGGGAAAAAUGUGUGCUAUGCUCUCAAAAUGCCUGAGGCAGAACACAAGACUGACCAAGACGACAACCGUCCCGUGAAGGACGACGAUGAGCCCUUCUUCCAAAAGAAGCGACCAAGAGAGGAACGGGACAACGAUGAGCCCAAGAAGCGACCAAGAGACGAACUUGAGGCAGGCGAUACUGCUAUGAGGCCAAAACCGCAGAAGCCGAAAAAGAUGAAGCUUAAGAUUGAUUUGAAGACAACCGGAUCUCACCGCCUGGUUUUUGAUGACGAUGGAAAUGCUGGGCCUCCGCUGUCCACACUAGCCAAGGAGCAAGUAACAGGUGUAGAGGAAGAUAUUGUUGCUGUUACCCAAGCGCGAUAUAAGAGAUUGGAGCAAGAGAUGAAGAAAAGAGACAAGGAGGACAGGCUGCUAGAUCGACAGAGACUGCGUGACAAAAGGCACAAGCAGAAGGCGAAGUUACAGAAAGCUAUGGAUGAUACAGAGCAAGAGCAAGCUCCCCGUUUGGCAGUUUCUAACAGUGACUACUCGGACGAAGACAACGACAACGGUGAUAUGAAGGAAUCCUCGCAAAUGGAGCUUGACUCCAUGUCACUGGCAGAUCAAGAGGCUUUGGCACUUCAGUUCCUACGCUCCCAGCGCUGACCUUAUAAAACCUUUUCAGGCUCGAAGUAGACAACUAGCCGCAAACAUAAACAAAAGCCAGCUAUGAACCUCCCCCAACUUUGAUGUUCUUUGACUUCUUACAAGCAAUAGAUCGCAAGCACCAAAUGAAGCAUAGUCGAUACUAGACGCUGGCAAGGACGCUCUCACACCUCCACGAAGGUACUUACAUAAUGUCUAGACCCAUUCUCCGAUUGCGUUAAAGUGGCAAUGUCAGAUCAUAAGUUGCUACACCUGUGAAAGAAGUGUGAAGUUACAUAUAACUUACCUGUGAAAGAAGUGUGAAGUUACAUAUAACUUGCCUGUAUAUAAUGCUGUAACCAGAAUAUGUAGCCAAGCUGCACACUGAUCA